AGAACACCCAGCUUCGCCCUGUUUUCAAAAGCAUAAACCCCACUAUUGAGCUCCAAACCCCUGUUUCAUCUGUAGCCAGCUUUUCGGCCUAUUUCAAUUUUCAUGGAAGUCCAAAAUGCAAUUCUUCGCGGUUGUAAUCAUGGAGCGGUCUCUUCCAUUCGAACCAGCAAAACUCAUGUAUUCACAAAGUUGCCCAAAUCAUUUUCGUCCCAAACCGCCUCUUCUAGUUCUAAUGGGGUUUCUCUUAAAAAUCAUCUUCCUUCUCAAAUCAAGAGAAAUUUUCGGUGUAGCUAUAGCAUCCAGAAUGUUGAAUGUAAAGCGGUUUCUGAUGCAGAAGAAGAUACGCCCAAAGCUAAAAUUAGAAGGAAAAACCUGGCAGUGUUCGUUUCCGGCGGUGGCUCCAAUUUCAGAUCAAUUUACGAGGCCACUCUUAAGGGUUCCGUACACGGCGACGUUGUUGCUUUGGUCACCAACAAGCAUGAUUGUGGAGGUGCAGAGUAUGCCCGGGAUAAAGGUAUUCCUGUUAUUGUUUUUCCUCAAAGGGAAGAGGUGCUUUCUGCAGAGGAUCUUGUCAUUUUAUUGAGAUCUUACAAGGUCGACUUGGUACUUCUAGCUGGUUAUCUCAAGCUUAUUCCUGCUGAAUUGAUCAAAUGUUAUCCAAAGGCCAUACUGAAUAUACAUCCUUCGCUUCUUCCAGCAUUUGGGGGGAAAGGGUAUUAUGGUAUGAAGGUGCACAGAGCAGUAAUUGCUUCUGGAGCAAGGUAUUCUGGUCCUACAAUCCACUAUGUUGACGAACAGUAUGACACCGGUAGUAUCCUUGCUCAAAGGGCAGUGCCGGUGCUUGCAAAGGACACAGCUGAGGAGCUAGCCGCAAGAGUUCUUCAUGAGGAGCACAAAUUAUACGUGGAGGUAUGCGCAGCAUUAUGUGAAGAACGGAUCACCUGGCGGGAAGAUGGUGUCCCACUCAUCCGGAGCAAAGAAAACCCAAAUGAUUAUCACUAGCAUUUAACAAUAUCUGAGAUUUUGCAUCCUAACCAGGAUUGGAUCAUGGUUUUUGGGUGGCUAGGCAAGAUUCUUGUAAAGCGUCUACCAACACCCUAGUGUUAUAUGCCAUUUCAGCCCUUCUCCGUCUUCAUGGCUAUCCAGAAUUCCAGAUGAACAAACUGCUGCUAUGGUUUAUCCACAAUCUCCAAGUAAAAAAGAUUGCUUUCUAAAUCUAGUAUCAUGUAUUCCAUAUGGGACAAAUCAGACACUUGGAUUCAUUCUAUAUGUAAUUACUUUCAAUUUUUAUGUCUUCAUUGACUC